AUGCAGUUUACUACUCCAAUGCUCAUCUCUAUUCUGACCGUUCUCGCUUGGUCCAAAGGUCAAGAGGAGAAUUAUUCGAACCCCAUCUUAGUUGCGAAACCCGAUUGUGUGACAAUGGACCAAUUCGAACACAACUUCGAAAGACUUUGUCCGAUUUGGAUUCCACCUCCCACCGCAUCCGAUGGAUGGUACUAUGAUUCCACGAGCUUCGUUAGAGGUGGAAGCGAUGGUAAAUCACCUGACUAUCUCGCCACAGUCAAUUGUUUAUACACUACUCGAGGUAGUCAGAAGAAUGUCGCAUUUGAAAUUGUCGAAUCACUCGGCGGAUCAAUUGCGAAUGAAGGGAUUUAG